GAGUUCAAAGUGACGCUUUUUAAUUUCCGAAUAAUUUGUAUUGAAAAAUGGCCGGCUGUAAGAAUAUUCUUGAUCUCCCUGUGGGGGCAAUUAGCUUGAUAUUUAGUCACGUUGAGGAAUUGAAUGAUCGCCUACAAUUGGCCCAAGCUCAUCCCAUACUGGCGAAGGGAUUUGCCCUUUUUGCCGCCAACGCGCACCGCAAUGUCGACUGUGACGAUCUGCCUAUUUCGUACUGGUCAAAAAUAUUGCAACAUGCUGGUGCAUCUGUGGUCAGCCUUUCGUUGCGCAACAAAGACCAUGUUGUGGCUCUACUAAAGCUGGCCUCCGAUCAUUGCCCCAAUUUGGAGGAGUUAAAUAUUCAUAUACAAUACGAGUCUUGGGGCGUAAUUGCGCCGAUGCUCUCGUCACUGAAAAAAUUAAUCAGAAUCUCGCUGCAAAACAAUUUUGUUGGGGUUGACUUCAUCGAUACUCUGCAUGAAUUACCACUGCUGAGGAGUUUGCUCUUGGUUGGGUUCCCCCUUAAAAACUUGAGGCGAAUCCAUGAGUUGCAUUGGUUAACAACAUUGCGCAUAAUCAAUAGGAAUGCGAUCGAUGUAUGCCUUUGGUUUGCCCCAUUGAAAAACUUAAUAAACAUGGAAAUAAUGGUCGCCUAUGUAGGCUGCCCGGACAUUCCAGAUUGCAAAGGGCUGUGGCCAGAAAUGGAGUUCCUCAACCUUACUUAUGUCACAUUUCCAUCCGAAAAAUGUCAGAACAGGAGUCUGCCAUAUCUGCCGAGUCUAAAGCAAUUAAACAUUGGGGAGACCAUACCAUUAAUGAAACUUUCCCAGGUGUUUGGCAGCUCCGCGUCAAAGUAUGCAAAUACUUUGUGUCGCAUUCGUUUUCUCUACGAGGGUCAAGCGCUUGAUGCUGAAGAUGCAAACACCAUUUCCGAAUUGAAGGCACUGACACAUGUUUGCUUGCCGGGCGUCAGUAAUAAAUUCAUUGGACUCAUCAAGUCGGAUAGCCUGCAGGAGCUGUUCGUGCGUCACUCGGACAAUUUGACCAACUCGGGAGUUUUGCGUGUGCUGAGUGGAUGUAAAAAUUUGCGUAUCAUUGAUUUCUUUGGCUGUAAAUUCGUUAAUAAGAAAAUGGUUGAGCCGGCGCUCAAGAUUCUAAAGAAGAAUGGCGUUCAGCCCGAUAAGCCAGUGGAAAUGCGUGUAAAUUACGAAUUUGGAAAUCAUAUUUCUUUUGACGAUCUGACAUUGUUGGUCAUCAGACGUUCGACAGCUGAUGGCCGCUUUAUCUGAGGCAACUGGAACCGAACAAGCUAUCAAAAUUACCUAAUAAGAAUUUCUGAUAUUUUUUUUUUGGGUGAUUUCU